CGCGGGAGGCCGACCAGUAGGCGGCUGGGGGGUAGCGUGUGGCAGGGCCCGCUGAGGAUAGGGCGGAGAGAAGCGGUCUCCAGGUGGAGGGGGCACGGAGAGGCGGACCCGGGCGUGUGGAACGGGCUGGGCCUCGUGGAGUGAAACAGCCUUGUGUGCGGAGUGGGGCGGCCGGUGGUUGGCCUUGAUAGAAUGAUGGCGUUGACAGAUCCGGGCUUGUGAGCUCGGGGUUGCGGGAGCCAAAGGAGUUCCGGGUCCAUAGUACCUGUCCCAGUGGUCACCUAUUAAGCUAGACCCCAAACCGUGCCUCUUGACACCCCUCUGGAGCUGAUCCAGGCCGCCCUGCGGACCCAGGAGUGCCAGACAACGCGUGGGGCAGGCAUCCAAACUGAGCCGUCCACGCCCCACCACGGUUCAGAAAUGUGGUCCUCAGCCUCUCCAAGCCUGUUUCCUUCUCUGUGAAAUGGGGAUGAUUUGAGAGGUCUGUUUCACAAACCAGUUGGGUGGAGGAGUGAGAGAGGCAAUGGAUCCAGAGUUCCUGCCUCUUGGGAAUUUGUGGCUAGCUGUGAGGAUUCUGCGGGUGGACGGAUAGCCUUUGGCAGCAAGUAAUAGGGACACCAGAAGUUUAUAUAAACCACCAGGUGACUUUUCCUAGUAAUACAAUGUUACAAUGUGAUGUCUCACAAGACUUGAGCCUCUCAAGGGCCUAUCUAGUCCUUGUAGUUCUCUCUGGAUGCUCAUCCCUUUCCUGCUGGUGUUUUUCUGCUUCCUUCCCUCCUGCUGGAGGGGGCAGUGAGGCUUCUGCCAUACAUUAGCUCUGAUUAGCUUUGCUUUGGUCAAGGGUUUACCCCUGCUCAGUCAGCCAUGGCCAAGGAGGUGAGUCAUGGUGCAAAAUCGGUGACAUCCGCUAGAUAUGUCUGAGGCAGACGAGUGGGAUGCAGUCAUUAGGGGCCCCUUCAUUUGUCUGCAGUAUAGAGAAUGAUAGCACUUCUGUACCAGUACAGGGUGUCCUACUCAGGAGCCAGAGCCCUGUGCUAAUGAAAAGUUUGGGAUCUUGAGGCCAGACCAAACAGACAAGUAGUGACACGCGGAACAGAGCACCAUCACAAAGGAAAUUCUGUUGUACAAUUCUCAAAAUAUAAAUAUUUGUAGGGGCGCCUGGGUGGCGCAGUUGGUUAAGUGUCUAACUUUUGAGCUUGGCUCAGGUCAUGAUCUCACAGUUGGUGAGUUCGAGCCCUGCAUCAGGCUGUGUGCUGAUGGCAUGGAACCUGCUUGGGAUUCUGUCUCUCCCUCUCUCUGCCGCUCCCCAGCUUGUGCGCUCUCUCUCUCAAAACAAAUAAAUAAACUUAAAAAAAAAGGAAAGAAAGUUCAAAAUAUAAAUGUUUGUGAUCUAGUUAACAUAUACUUUAUUAACGCAUUAAAGGAUUCAAUCUAGCAGCGUGUAAUUACCAUACUUUUAUUUUAUUCAUUUAUUAUUUUUUUAAUGUUUAUUUAUUUUUGAGAUAGAGAGUGACAGAGCACGAACGGGGUGGUGGGGGGGUAGAGAGAAGGAGACACAGAAUCCAAAGCAGGCUCCAGGCUCUGAGCUGUCAGCACAGAGCCCAACUCGGGGCUCAAACUCACUUAAUCGUGAGAUCAUGACCUGCACUGAAGUUGGAGGCUUAACCGAUAGAGCCACCCAGGCGCCCCUGUUAACCAUAAUUUUAAAAGAGUAUUGUAAAUAUUGUGAGAUUCUGCUAUAGCUAUAAUGGCACAUGACAACAUGUGUGAUUUUAUUUUUUAUUUUUAGAGAGAGAGUGAGCAGAAGAGAGGGCAGAGGGAGAGAAUCCUAAGCAGGCUUCGCACUUACUAUGGAGCCUGAUGCAGGGCUCAAUCCCACAACCCUGGGAUCAUGACCUGAGCUGAAACGGAUGCUCAACCCCACAUGUGUGAUUUUAAUAGAUUUAAAGGUCACAGGAACUGCUGAUGCUGUUUUGGUUUUCUAUAUUCACAAUUGGAAAAGAUGCUAAAUUUCAGCUAGGGAGUAGUGAAAAUAAAAAGGUAUUUUUUCCCAUCCAGGUUUACAGGCUUCUUGAAUUCUGGGUAACCCCUGAUCGAGAACUGGAAUAGGAGGCUAGGUAGAGUUGCAGGGAGCAGGGAGAAGGGGAGAGGGUAUUCCGGGUAGCUGGUUAACAUGAACAGAGAGACCUGAAGUAGGAGGGGUAGGAAGCUGAGCAGAUGGGGAAGCUGACCUGCUGGAGUGGGGCCCUGAAGUCUGGAGUGAGGCUCAUGGGCCUAAUUUGGUCAUUCAGAUUCUGGGCGAUAAGUUUCCAUGCACUUUGGUGGCACAGAAAAUUGACCGUGCAGGGGCCCGUACUGGUGGAGGACACCUGUCUGUGCUUCAACGCCCUUGGGGGCCUCCCUGGCCCCUACAUAAAGUGGUUUCUGGAGAAGUUAAAGCCUGAAGGUCUCCACCAGCUCCUGGCUGGGUUUGAGGACAAGUCAGCCUAUGCGCUCUGCACGUUUGCACUCAGCACCGGGGACCCCAGCGAGCCAGUGCGCCUGUUCAGGGGCCGGACCUCGGGCCGGAUUGUGGUGCCCCGAGGCUGCCGGGACUUCGGCUGGGAUCCUUGUUUUCAGCCUGAUGGAUACGAGCAGACGUACGCAGAGAUGCCCAAAGCUGAGAAGAACACCAUCUCCCAUCGCUUCCGGGCCCUGCUUGAGCUGCAGAAAUACUUUGGCAGCCUGAGUCCUCCGGUAGCCGGUGACAGUCGCCCUGGCGGGGGAUCUGGGGAAAGCUAGCCCGAAACCUCCCCCAUCAGGCACCCCUCCAAGUACUUCCUUCAGGGUUCCCACUUGCUAGGGGUGUUGAGACCACCUCACCAGCCCUGCUUGGAGGAGCAGCUGGCUCUGCUUGGAGAAACUUUGGGCAGGGACACCAUUUUCUUGCCCUCGGGGAUUCAGUGGUCCCUCCUGCAGCCCCUGGCUUAGGAUCCUAAAAGGACCUUGGAUGUUAUCCUGGCCACAUCAGGAUGGAGGUUCCGGGAAGAACCACACAAAUAGCCCUAGAUGUGUAAAAAAUGCAACAAGUAAGAGUACUGGAAGACACUUGUCUCCAAAAUAAACGAUACGUCCAUUUUGAAACCUG